AGUGAAACUUAAUAUAGUCGUUGUUACUGAGAGGUGAAAUGGCGGAGAAAGGAAAUCAGCUGGACCGAGAAACCUUCUCUUGUUCCAUCUGUCUGGAUCUACUGAAGGAUCCGGUGACUAUUCCCUGUGGACACAGCUACUGUAUGAACUGUAUUAAAAUCUUCUGGGAUGGAGAGGAUCAGAAGAGAAUCUACAGCUGCCCUCAAUGCAGGAAAACUUUCACACCGAGACCUGUCCUGGAGAAAAACACCAUGUUAGCAGCUUUAGUGGAGCAGCUGAAGAAGACUGGACUCCAAGCUGCUCCUGCUGAUCACUGCUAUGCUGGACCUGAAGAUGUGGCCUGUGAUUUCUGCUCUGGAAGAAAACUGAAAGCCAUCAAGUCCUGUUUAUUCUGUCUGGCCUCUUACUGUGAGAAACACCUUCAGCCUCAUUAUGAUGUGGCUCCAUUAAAGAAACACAAGCUGGUGGAGCCCUCCAAGAACCUCCAGGAGAACAUCUGCUCUCGUCAUGAUGAGGUGAUGAAGAUGUUCUGCCGUACUGAUCAGAAGUGUAUCUGUCUGGUCUGUGUUAUGGAUGAACAUAAAGGCCACGACACAGUCUCAGCUGCAGCAGAAAGGACUGAGAGGCAGAGAGAGCUGGAGGUGAGUCGACAAGAAAUCCAGCAGAGAAUCCAGGACAGAGAGAAAGAUGUGAAGCUGCUUCAACAGGAGGUGGAGGCCAUCAAUCACUCUGCUGAUAAAACAGUGGAGGACAGUGAGAAGAUCUUUACUGAGCUGAUCCGUCUCAUCCAGAAAAGAAGCUCUGAUGUGAAGCAGCAGAUCAGAUCCCAGCAGGAAACUGAAGUGAGUGGAGUCAAAGAGCUUCAGGAGAAGCUGGAGCAGGAGAUCACUGAGCUGAAGAGGAAAGAUGCUGAGCUGAAGCAGCUCUCACACACAGAGGAUCACAUCCAGUUUCUACACAACUACCCCUCACUGUCAGCACUCAGUGAGUCUACACACUCAUCCAGCAUCAAUAUCCGUCCUCUGAGAUACUUUGAGGAUGUGACAGCAGCUGUGUCAGAGCUCAGAGAUAAACUACAGGACAUUCUGACAGACAGAUGGACAAACAUCUCACUGACAGUCACUGAUGUGGAUGUUUUACUGUCACAACCAGAACCAAAGAGCAGAGCUGGAUUCUUAAAAUAUUCAUGUAAAAUCACACUGGAUCCAAACACAGCACACACACUGCUGUUACUGUCAGAGGGAAACAGAAAAGUGACAUUUAUUGAACAACAUCAGUCUUAUUCUAGUCAUCCAGAGAGAUUCAUUAAGUACUGUCAGGUUCUGAGUAGAGAGAGUCUGGCUGGACGUUGUUACUGGGAGGUGGAAAUGAGAGGAAAAGUUUCUGUAGCAGUCACAUACAAGAAUAUCAGCAGAACAGGAGAUGAAAGUGGAUUUGGAUUUAAUGACAAAUCUUGGUCAUUAUAUUGUUACCCAAACAAUUAUUUUUUGAGGUACAACAGCAUCAGAACCUCCAUCUCAGGUCCUCGGUCCUCCAGAGUAGGAGUGUACCUGGAUCACAGAGCAGGUAUUCUGUCCUUCUACAACGUCUCUGAAACCAGGACUCUCCUCCACAGAGUCCAGACCACAUUCACUCAGCCGCUCUAUGCUGGAUUUGGGAUUUACUCUGGUCCUGGAAGUGUCAAGUUUUGUUAACCUGAUUAGACAAAAGUACCUGAGGCUUCAGAUGAUUUUAUAAACAUUUUGUGUCAUUGUUCUUCUCUUGUCAACUUAGUUUUCUUCUUGUUUAUAUUUCUGUUUUUUUGUUUGUUUUUGUUUGUUUCCUUUUGGGUUUUUUUGUUUUUGUUUGUUUCCUUUUGGGGUUUUUUUGUUUUUGUUUUUUUACUUUCUAUAAAUUUUAUCAAAGAAAAAAAUAAAUUCUCCUGUGAUUUGUUUUCUCCAUCAAAGAUCAUGUUUAUAGACUAAUUAAAGACGAUUUAUUAAACAGAUGAAAAAGUGUAAAAACUGAGUUCAUGUUUGAAGACAUUUAGUUGAGUCCUGACAUGUUAAAUAACAGAUGUGUCAGUGUGAGCUUGAGAUGAUUUCAUGGGUUGUGUUUUCUUCAUCAUCUUCUUUUACUUGUGUUCAUUCACAUUGAGGCUCAUCAGAUGUAAAGUUUGUAUUUUCAGCUCAUUUUGUCUGAGGUGUAAUAUUUCAGUCUGAAAGAAACAUGUUGACUCAUUUUAAGCAUCAAUACAUAAUAACUGAUGCUUGAUGGAGAUUUAUAUGGAGAGUUUUUCUUUGUAAUGAUGCUCUCUGGCACAUAAAUCAUGUGUGAGAUACUGAACAUGAAACUUAAAGUUUUAUCAUUUAUUCUGCAUGUUGAUACUUAUAUAUGUGAUGCUGUGAGUGUGUUGUGUGUAUUCUGGUGUCUCA